AUUUCCGCAAGGCACGAAUCGCCAGAUUCAGCUUUAAUCGGCAACGAAUCACGGCAACCGAUGGAUCAUUAUUGACGAUUGUCCCCACCAAAUUAACAGAUUUAAUAGGCUCAGCAAGUGGUGAAGGAGCUUAGUCGAUUGGCGACUCACGGGCAGCCGAUUAGUACCGGUUUUGGUCUGACCCGUGAUACACCUCGGAUUGAGUGCGGACUUGUCACGAGAGACCGACGCGAAUUGCGAGUGGGAUUUAUCGCAUUCCUCAACGGAGUGCGAGCUCUCUGACCGAAGCGCGUUAAUCGGUAAGAACCAUCGGAGCGAAAUAGGAAAAUCCCCGGCUCGCACUGAUCCGUGAGGGAGAGAAGAGAGAAGAGGGAAAGAAGAAUAGCCAGAAAGUAAUUCCGAGAUUGAUUGACGAAGAGUUGUAUGCUGAUACCACAAAUAAACAUGAUGUUCAUCGGGACGCUCGUCCUUUUCUUCGCUCUAUCAACAAUCGAUGCACAGAAUAGGUGCUCGGAUGGAAGUGCUGAUUGCAUUAACAUUCGCAAUUGUCCAGAGAUUAUAGCAAUUCUGAGAGGUCCAAGACCACUUUCGGCAGAGGCGUUGCGAACUCUUAGAAACUCACAAUGUGGCUUCGAGGGCAGUGACCCGAAGGUUUGCUGCAACCAGGCAACAACAACGACGACGUCGACAACGACAACGACAGUCCCAGACACUGAUCCAGGUCCACCAGAUGUAACAAAUCACCCGAAACUACGUCUGUUGGAUCAUGUAGCGUGCGGGCCUAUCAACCAGCAGAAGGUGGUCGGCGGCAACAAAACUGGAAUCUUCCAGUAUCCAUGGAUGGCGUUAAUCGCAUACGACACCGGAAGACCGAAUCCGGAAUUCCGUUGCGGCGGCACAGUCAUCUCCUCGCGUUACAUCCUCACCGCUGCUCAUUGCGUCACGACACUUCCAGCGGGUCUCAGAUUAAUAGGCGUCAGAAUAGGAGAUCACGACAUAAACAAGGAACGUGAUUGCGAGAGAGAUAACAAUGGGCAAGAGGUCUUUUGUGCCGAGCAGUAUCAGGAUUUCGGCGUGGAUAGCGUUCACUUCCAUCCGGAUUACACGAGAACGAGGCUGCAAAAUGACAUCGCGCUUAUCAGAUUGAACGAUUCUGUAGACUUCAGACCUCGGAAUGCCAAGCCUAUUUGUCUGCCCUUUGGUACUGCGGCGAUACUAAAUCAUAAAACGGCUGUAGUGACCGGCUGGGGCGCGACGGAAUUGGGUCCGCGCAGUCAGGACCUCCUGCAGGCGAAAUUGCCGCUGAUGAACAAUGACCAGUGUAAAGAAAUAUACAAACGGACCACGCAGAUUUGGUACAAGCAGUUGUGUGCCGGCGGCCAGAUGAACGUGGACUCCUGCUUAGGCGACAGCGGUGGACCUCUUCAAGCGGGUGGUAUAUACAACGGCAGAUCAGUGCGCAUCAUCCAAUACGGCGUGGUCAGCUACGGACUGAAACAGUGCGGCACCGAGGGCUUCCCCGGAGUCUACACCAAAGUCGCUUACUACAUGGACUGGAUUCUUAACACGAUGACAGAUUAAAGUGCGACUGAAACGUUGCGGAACACAAGUCUUUCACAAUACUUCUAAUCUACGUGUUUGAGGUAUAGUGACGCAAACGCGGUAAUCGAUCGCGAGAUGAGAAUGAGAACAUAAAUUUCGCGAGGCAUUCGAGAGACAGAUAAAAUUGAAAUUCGAAAUAUCGGCAGGACAAGUAAAAUUGCAGUGGCAGAAAAUGAAUAUAUUUGCAAUUCUUGUGGAAAUAGGUGAUUUAUGCGUCUAGAAAAGUGGAUCCGCAAGUGAAUACCGUUGGUGCGUGUUUUUAAUUUAUAAAAAUAAUUAUUAUUAACUUUAAAGUUAUCCUUUUAUUAGAAUAAAAUAUCUUACUGCCGGUACAACUUUAUUCCAUUAGACGGAGAUCUUUCGGGAUUGUAACGUAAGUUAAAUUUGAUUAUGCUACUUUAUUGCAUGUAACACAUAACAUCUUUGAUGAAAAGAAAAAAAGUGUGAGAGAGAGAGAGAAAGAGAGAAAGAGAGAGAGAGAGAGAGAGAGAGAGAGAGAGAGAAACGGAUGUUUUCUACUUGCUAAUGGAUAUUUGUGCUAAACCGAUGCGUGAUUAUAAUUUAUAUCAUGUUAACAUAUCAUGUUAUUUUUACUCUUUAUAAUAUAUCGAUAAUAUACGA